AUGUGGACGGACGUGGGGAAGCUGGUGCUGUUACAUGUGCUGCUCCUGGAGCUCCAUUCAGCCAGAGGCACUCACACGGAAUCGGAUUGUGAAGCCGGACAGUUUCAGUGCAAGAACGGCAGGUGCAUCCCGACCCUGUGGAGAUGCGACGACGACGACGACUGCUCCGACAGCAGCGACGAGGAGAACUGCCCCAAAAAGACAUGUGCAACCACGGACUUUGCCUGUAAGAAUGGGCAGUGUGUACCCGCUAGGUGGCGCUGCGAUGGAGAGCCGGAGUGUGCAGACGGUUCCGAUGAGGCUGAUGCCACCUGCAGCCGCCAGACGUGCCCGCCUGAGAAGUUCGACUGCGGGGGUGCUGCCAGCAAGUGCGUCUCUCUGUCAUGGCGGUGCGAUGGCGAGAGAGACUGCGAGAACGGGGCGGACGAAGAGCAGUGCGCUGCGGAUGGCAAAGCCUGCCCCAGCAAGGACUUCCAGUGCCGCAAUGGAAAGUGUGUCGCACCCAUCUUCGUGUGCGACGGUGACGAUGACUGCGGGGACGCCAGCGAUGAGGAGAAGUGCUCGGUCCCCACCUGCGGCCAGCACGAGUUCCGCUGCAAUGACUCGGAGUGCAUCCCCGCGCUGUGGAGCUGUGACGGCGACCCGGACUGCAAAGACAAGUCCGACGAGUCCAUGGAGCGCUGCAGCAGGAGGACCGAGCCCCAGAAGCCACGGUGCCCAGUGGGGGAGUUCCAGUGUGGCAGCGGGGAGUGUGUCCACCUCAACUGGAAGUGCGACGGAGAUGCCGACUGCAAAGAUAAAUCUGAUGAAGCCAACUGUCCCCUACUGACGUGUCGGCCUGACGAGUUUCAGUGCGGCGACGGUUCCUGUAUCCACGGCACCAGGCAGUGUAACAAAGUGCACGACUGCCCUGACUACAGCGAUGAGGCCGGCUGUGUGAACGCUACAAAAUGCGAUGGGCCCAGAAAGUUCCGCUGUAAGAACGGGGAGUGUAUUGACAACAACAAGGUGUGUGACGACGUUAAAGACUGCAAGGACUGGUCCGAUGAACCCAUGAAGGAGUGCGGUCUAAAUGAGUGUGCAGACAACAAUGGUGGCUGCUCCCACAUCUGCAGGGACCGGAGAAUUGGUUAUGAGUGUGACUGUCCCUCCGGAUACAAACUUCUGGACAAGAAGACUUGCGGAGACAUAGAUGAGUGUGAAAACCCGGAUGCCUGCAGUCAAAUCUGCAUCAACUACAAAGGGGACUACAAGUGCGAGUGCUAUGAAGGAUAUGAAAUGGACCCUGUCUCUAAGACCUGCAAGGCUGUGGGGAAGAGUCCGUACCUGAUGUUCACCAACCGCCAUGAGAUCCGUCGUAUUGACCUGCUGAAGAGUGAAUACACGCAGGUCGUCCCCACGCUGAAGAAUGCCGUGGCCCUGGAUGUAGAUGUCUCCACAAAUAAAAUGUUCUGGUGUGAUUUAUACCAUCACAAAAUCUACAGUGCGUACAUCAACAAGGCGAGUGACUCGUCCCAGCAGGUGACGCUGAUCGACUCAGCGCUCCACUCCCCCGAGGGACUGGCGGUCGACUGGGUCCACAAGAACAUCUACUGGACUGACUCGGGCGACAAGAGCAUCUCCGUCGCCACAGGCGAUGGCACAAAGAGAAAGGUUCUGAUUUCCACCGAGCUGAGCGAGCCACGAGCCAUCGCAGUGGAUCCACAGCAAGGGUUCAUAUACUGGUCAGACUGGGGAGGUCAGGCCAAAAUAGAGAAGGCUGGGAUGAAUGGAGUGGACCGACAGGUUCUGGUGUCACAACGCAUCGAGUGGCCCAACGGGAUCACCCUGGACCUACCCAACAGGCUGCUAUACUGGGUGGACUCCAAGCUGCACCUGCUGUCCUGUGUGGACCUGAAUGGGGACAACCGCAGAGUGCUGUUGUCUUCCCAUGACCACCUGGGACACCCCUUCGCUCUUACCGUCUUCGAGGACCGAGUGUACUGGACUGACUUGGCGGAUGAAGCAAUAUACAGUGCCAACCGCCUGACUGGGCGCGACGUGGUAAAGGUGGCAGAGCACCUCAACAACCCCCUGGACCUGGUGGUCUUCCAUGAGCAGAGACAGCCCGAGGCGCCAGACACCUGCAACAUGGGCAGUCUACCCAACGGAGGUUGUGAGUACCUGUGUCUGAAGGCCCCACAGAUUACAGACCACUCCCCCAAGUAUACCUGUGCCUGUCCAGACGGUAUGGAGCUAGGACCAGACAUGCGGCGCUGUGCUAUAGUGAAGCCCAAAGCAACCACCACAGCUGCUCCUACAACCACAACUACAACUACCACAACUACAACAACAACAGCCCCCACCACGACAACUACAAUUCCCACAACUACUCCACCCACCACCACCACCACUACCUUCAUCUCCACCACCAUCACAACCAAAACCAUACCCAUAAGCAGGGGAUCGACCACUGCGUCUCCCACCCCUUGGACCACCAGGACCAUCGCCACAACACUUCCUCCUCCGCGGCAGCGGAUGCCCCCUACCACCAGCACUGGGACUACAGCUCCCAGCGGUACCAGUCUGCGGCCUACAUCAGCGCACACACCCCUGCUGGGCCCACUAGCGCCGAACAGCAUCCAGCAAGAGAGCAACGCCAACCUCUCUCAUAGAGCGGGCAGUGAGCACUACCUCUUAGGUAACAACAUUACUGUGGCGGUUCUGGGGAUAGUCAUUCCUAUCGUCCCUAUCCUUGCCACAGUGGUCAUCGGCCUACUCUGCACUGGCGGAUACCUGGUGUGGCGCAACUGGCGCCGCAAGAACACCAAGAGCAUGAACUUCGACAACCCGGUUUACCGCAAAACCACCGAAGACGACGACGACGAGAUCCACAUCGGGAGACACAGCGAGACCAUCGGACAUGUCUAUCCAGCCGUGAGUGGCAGUCACAGUCAGCCAUUCAUAGCGCUCCCCUUAGGGGGCGGGGUCACAGACAACAAUUCUCAUUGGUACUCAGGGGCGCCAAUGCUCUCCAGUAGCAAAUGA